GAUUUUUGACUGACAGUGACAAACCUUGGGACCAAAAACAAAACAAAAUCUUGCAGCUUGUAAUUUGUAUGGCCUACGGCUACGCCCUACGACGUAACGUAAUAAACGUAUAACGUAUCUAAAGCAUUAAACUUAGAGGCCAAAGCGAUUGUUGUCCUUCUUAACUUCUUAUUACGUACUUCCAAAGUCUAGACGUACUUGUAGUAACGUAGGCACUUGUCUGCUCGUACAAGAAAUCAACAUAACAACUUAAGUCAUCAUAAUCAUUUAUAAUUAUUGUAAUAAGAAAAUGAAGAACAGAAGCUUAGCUGGUAAUUGUGGCAUUGCCAUAUUUGUAAUUGCCCUUGUGACAGUGGCGUUGGCAUUUGGUACACCUAGUUGGAUUGUUAGUGAUUCAAGAAUAAGAGGCAACCAAUUGGACAGGUAAGUAAUUAAAUAAUUUUGAACAAACAAAAACACUAUCUGUAUGAUACUAGUGAAUUUCAUAAUGUAUUUUAUUACAUGCAGUCAUUAAUAUUAAAUUGAUUAUAUUUUUUUAACCAUAUAGUAAUCAAGCACAGGUUUAGGAUGGUAAGUGGUGAAUAUAGCUGUAGAUCGUAAAGGGAACUGACUUAACAUAACCAAAUUUACUCUUGCCUUGAAGACACCUAUAUUGUGUUCAGAUUAAAGACAAAUGCUGGCACAUUAUUCCACUCCAUUUCUGUAUGCAUUAACAAGCAAACCAUUUGGUUCAAAUGCACAGUAUGUCUACAACUAAGGGGUGGAGAAUGACUGAGAAUCUGCUUGUCCGAUGGUGGAGAGAGAGAAAUUAAGUCUAGCAAUUCUUGCACACAUUGCCUGAAAUGUACUGAGACCAGAUUGAGGCCUCAAUAUAUAUACUAGCUGACCAGGCAGACAUCGUUCUGCCCUUUCCGACGACCAUUUGCUUUCCUAAUAAAACUCCUGAGAUUAGCAAUAAAAAAAUUGAGAGUCACUUAUCAGGAUAAAAACUAUCCUAUCUCUCAAGUUGGACCAAACUGCACACAGUGUGCAAAAUUUCAUUGAAAUCAGUUCAGUAGUUUAAGAAUUCAUUGUGGACAAACAAUGUGACAUGUAAUUUUUAUAUAUAAAGAUAUAUAUACAUAUAUAAAUGUCCAGGGCUUUAACUUAAAUGUAAUAAUAUAUAUGUCCACAAGUUAAAAUGCAACAUAACAUAUUGUUAUUCAUAUUACAUGAUAGAUGCUUUCGUAUUUCUGCAAAGUAAUUAGAAGUCAUAGUCAUUUUAAUUUUAGCUGAAAGCAACCAGUCACAUACUUAGUUUACUACUUGUAGCCGGUGAAACCUAGGUGUAAUUGUACUUCAGCUGUUAGUUGUUCCAUAUAGUAUAUUGUCGUUUAUCAAACGCCAUGUGGUCCUUCUGGCAUUUCCCAUAGAAGUCUCAUACAAAUGGAUUCUUUUAUAUGCCUGCUAUGUGUAUGCUUAUAAUUAUAUUAUAACAUAUAGUAAUAUGUUAUAAUAUAAUUUUUUGCAAUUUAUUACUGUUCCAUUACACAAAGGUGCCGCUUAAUCAAAGUCAGCAUUGGUGACUGCAGGACGACAAGAUGUGUUUGCUAACCUUAUUGUAGCAGUUGAUAUUUGUUACUGGUCUGCAUAUUUUAUAUUUUACUAGUUUGAGAUAUAAACUCCAAUAUACAAAUAACAAAAAUAAACAAAAUAUUGCAUUUAAUUAUGGCAUAUGGACAUUUCCGUAAAUCAAAAUGUAAAGUCAUCUACAGGAGAUGUUAUCAAAUCAUAUUUGCCUAUGCUUUAGUUUUGCUUAAAUCAAAUUUUAUUUACCUCUGUUUUGUAUAUUAAGUAAAGUAAACAACCUAUAUGUCCCACUUCUGGGCACGGGUCUCAAGCUGGCUCUUAUUUCGGAAGAGAUUAUGAAACAAAUAGCCCCGCUGCUCUAAUGCGUAUUGGCAGUCUUCCCAGUCUUCGAUUUUUAUUUCUUAGACAUGCAGGUUUCCUCACGUUUUCCUCCACCGCUGAGCAUGUGGUAAAUAAUUUGUAUGUAAUAAUUUGUAAUCCUUUAGUUUUAUGUAGUUACCAGAAUGAUUUCUUUUACAGGUUAGGACUGUGGAGUCAUUGCUUCAGAUCACUACCUGAUCCUUUAGAUCAAUAUCAAAGACGUUUUUUUGUAGGCUGCCGAUGGGUUUAUGACCCUUUUACUACUGGAUAUGACAGAAUUCGUGGUUAUUUACUUCCUGGUAAGUUUUACUAAAAAAUUAAUUAAAUAAGUAUCUUGGAUGAUAAGACUAAAUAUUUCUCACUCUAAAUUUGUGACCAGUAAUGAUUUCACAGCGAAUUAUUCUAUUGUUACAUUAAGUACCACAAUCACUUAAGUGCUAUACAAGUGAAAAGUGUGUUUUGUGCCAUUACCUUAAAUUAUUAGAUAUGAUUGAUCACUCUUGCAGUAUUCCUAAAUCCUGAAAUCGGAUUUUUAUUUAAAUAUACUUGACUUGUAUUUCAUUAAGUGUACACAAAUAUUUACCUGUGAAAGUAUACUUAUUUUUUCUUUUUGACUUAUUAUAAGUCAGGAUUGUACUGAAAAAACUCCAAGUGAACAAUAAUAUAAUUUCUAUAUGCCUAUGUCCUCUAUGCUCGUUGGUCUAAUGGUCGUAAACGUGGUUGCUGGUCAUGAGGUCCUGGGUUCGAAUCUCGGGUCGGGCCAAAAUAAGUUAUUGGGUUUUUCUGUCAAGAAUUUCUCAGUAGCUGCCCAGAGUCAGGAAGUUGGUGGUGUUACACCCCCGUGCCCCGGAAAGCACGUAAAGCCUUAGGUCCUUCUCCUGAUAUAUCCGGCCGUUUCGUACACCGUCCCAUCGGACGAGAUGAGAGUGAGAGAUUAGGGAGUGCACUUGUGCUUGCCCAUAUACUUUCCACUAUAUAUUAUAUAUUUCUGUCCGCAGAUGGCUAGUAUCCGUUGAGACUGGCCGUGUGACCCAAAUUCGGUCUGGAGGACAUUAUUUCCUUUCCUAACAAUAAAUAAAUUUGCAUGUCUCUAAUAGGGACUUCGUAUAUAAUACAUAGUAUUCAAUAGUAUCUCAUGUAAUAUACAUACUAAAAAGCAAAUAAAUAAACAAUAAAAAUACAUACACAGAUACAAUAAAAGAUUAUAAAAAAUAAUCGUUCCUUUUUUAUGUUUUAAACUUAUUUGCAAGCAAUAUUUUUUUAUUUUGAUUUCUUUUCAGGAUUCAUGAUAGCAACUCAGUUUUUUUUCACACUUUGUUUACUCGGAGUACUAAUUUCGGCUAUAUUAGUUCUCGUCUUCUUUUUAUGUUGUGGACCAGAUCAAAGUAGAUUUGUACUAAUAAUAAAGUCCAUAGGAUACAUCAUGUUGGGUUCUGGUAAGUAAAAAAGCUUAUUAGCUAAAAUUAUUUAAAAUUGUAUUUGACACUUGUUAACAUCAAUAUUACAAUUUUAGGAAUAAGUGGAUGUAUUGCUGUUAUAGUAUUUGCUUGUUUUGCCAACACAGAGGGAUGGAUGCCGGGUCAUCCUAAUAAUUACUUUGGUAAGUCCUACUCUGUAAUAUUUUAUCUGAUUAUUAGAUAUCACAGCAACUUCAAAUUACGUUAUGGUCUAUUUAUCUGGUUAUUACACUGCCCAGUUUGGGUUUGAAUCCCGUCCCAAGUCAACAUUUAUGCGAAAACACUAUUUUCGGGGCUGGUUGAACUGUGGUUGUCGCUGUAUUUGUCACUGAAUCCUAUUUCUACCUCUGUCUCUAAUGGCAUAAGCAUUUCAUCGGACAUAUGCAGGAUGACACAUUCAGAAAGUCUUCCUAUUGAAAUAAUGAAAUGCCUCAAAGAUCUUGUGCGUCGUGUCGGGUUCUGUAAUAGCAAAGUAUAUAGGUACAUAGUCGUCGUAGCUUUGUUCAGUAGGCGAGCACACCGAACUCGAUCCCCGCCAGCACAGAAGAAAUUAAAUUAAAUUAAUCUUGUGUAAAUCGCAAAUUUUAGUGCUGACAUUUCCGCGUCUUAAAACCAUGUGUGCGUGCGUGGUGUAUGUGUGUGUAAGUCAUCGCCAUUGUAGAAAAAGGACGGGAUUUUCACGGGCUGAUGGUGUAAUAACAUUUUUUACAUGGUGUAAUGACAAUUUUUAUUGGUUACAGGGUGGUCAUUCGGCCUCGGCGUUGUAGGGUCAGUAGCGUGCCUUGUAACCGCCUCACUUUUCUUAACAGAAACAAAUAUUCAAAAUAAGAAGCGCAACAGGUUGAAGGAGUCGCAAGCGCGGUUUGAAAUGGAGCACGAGUCUAAAGCAUAACAUUUGUUAAAUCUAAUGCCUUCAGGGUUAACCAAGUUGACACUCUGUAAUCGCUCUAUUAGCGCUAAUAGAUAACUAUAACAAGGGAUUUAAAAAAAAAAUUAUUUAAAAAAUAUUUACUACGUGUUUUUUAUCAUAUUCUUGUAUUGCAAUUUGAGCUAUAUUCCAAAUUUCAAGUUUCCGGCUCAUCGGGAAGUUAGUUUAAAAUAAAUUACUAAAUUCCACCCGGAACAACAGACAAACAAGAAAGCGACUUAAUGAAAACGUGGUAAAAAUGAAUGGCAUCAACGCUAAGUCACAUGACUGUCACGACUUAUCGCUGAGGUAUGCCAUUUCCAUUAAUUUUAACUCUAUUGGCCUUCACGAUUGUAGAAUGUCAACUUAGCUAACAUAGGUUUUUUGAAAACCAGUGACAGACAAGAAGUCAAUCCUCUCCAUUUUAAAUUAUCUUUGUCUGUCGUGUAUAAACUGCCACAUACCUAUUGAACUUAGAUUUUAACUUUGAAAAAAUAAAAACAUUCGUCCAAUCUCUGUAUUUCAAAUAUUUUAUUUAAGAGGAUUGUGAAGCUGUAAAUUUUCAUACAAAAAGCGAUAACGUUUUCCCAGUUUUGGAAAUGGUAUAGAUAUAACGAAAAACUACGUUUGACACGUUUUUAUUUUAAAGAAAUAUUCAGUAUGAUAUAAGUUAUUAGCUUCUAAAUAUCUAAAUUUUUGACUUAAAAACUUCUUCGAGCAUUUCUAUUUAAUUUGAUUAAACUAAACCGAAAUACGAAGAGACCUAGAUUAAAGUGCACUGAAUUUCUGUAUCUGUAUUCUGAAAAUCUGUAUUCCUGUUCACUUCACCGAGUUCUAUGGCAACUCCUUCACAGUUCAGGCUACACGCCUUUGGAACUCCUUGCCCGAUGACAUCAGAAAAACAUCCAACAAGUAUGUUUUUAAAAAAUUGGUCCGUAACCAUCUAUUGAAGACAAAGCAUUUUACUUGAUUCAUCCAUUUGAUAUGUAUUGCUAAACAGACGCAUAUAUUCAUAGGUAUUUGUAUGUACUAAUUAUAUAUUAUGUAUUUAAAUAUGUAUAUUUGUAUGUAUAUAUUUGUAUAUAUGUUUGUAUACGUCAUAUAUGUAUAGUUUAUUUAUUAGUAAAUUGUAUGUAUUAUGUAGUUAAUUAUUAUUUUGUGUACUGUUAUUUUAUUCUAUAUUGUCGCACCUACGUCAAAUUCUCACCACUCCAUGGGUUGACUGGUAGAGAAUGCCUCAAGGCAUUAAGUCCGCCCUUUGUAUUCUUUUGUUUUAAGGAAUGCAAUAAAGAAUAAAUAAAAUAAAAUAAAAUAAAUUUAAUAAGACUAAAAUUGUCUCAUUUCGUAAAGGUUUAAAGGGGUUAUAACGUUAUCGCCCGAAACAGGCCUGCAACGCAUCUCCAAUUCCUUCUCUGGUGUUGCAGUUGAGUCAGAUGAGCCGCAAUGUCCUUUGCCCCCUCUUAUAUAG